AGAGCGCAUGGAUGCAUCUGAAUCGUCGUAUUAUGAGUGUUAUCACGGAUUGCGACGCCUUUUGUUCAAGAUGUCGCAUGGACGGCACCCGUCGGACCGUCAUCAGCAGAUUCGAGACCGCUCUCUAUCCCAAAGCCCGACAUUGGUGUCGGACUUCGUGUGAUCGAAAGGGCAGAGCUGCAAACGAUGUCUUCGCAGACACGCGCCCGGGACGAGCUCUUGACUGAGCAUGUCCUUGGGCUGCUAAACUCGCACGCAGCAUUCAGGCUUAUCGCCACGCCUUCGACAGGACUGGAAGAGGUCGCAUUUCCCUUUCUUGUUUACGAGGCAAAGUCGGACUCGAGUUCUCUAUUUUUUGCGGAAAAUCAGUCUGCAGGUGGUGCUGCGAAGGCUUUGAGUCUUCUGCAACAGCUCUCGUCCUACGAUGAUGGUACAGACACACUGCCAGUCUUUGCCUUCGCUUCGUGCGGAACAUUGUGGGAAGCUUUCAUCGCAUUUUACCAGGAACAAAGCGAAUCGUACCAUCUCUUGCCGAUCAGCAGAAAACUUGAUCAAACCUGUGACAUCGAUAUCUUCCAUCUCCAACUGAUGUUGUUGCGGAUCCGCAGUUGGGUGGUAUCGGUGUACAAACCUAGAGUUGAGUUGAUGAUCAAACAAUUACUCACGGAGUAUCGAGGACAGAGACAUUAGUGUUAGCAAAUUGGUCUGAGGCCGGAACCCUUCAUCCGGAUUCACUCCCCUU